AUGAAAUUUUCUAAAAGAACAUCACUAUUAAGUGCACUAACCGUGCUUACUUCAUUAUCUGCAACAGCUAGUGCUGAUUGUUCCCUAUCUUCAGAUGGUAACUACUACUGUGCCCAAACUGACGCCGUCAUCUAUUCCAAUGUCGGUUUUUCUGGUUCUUAUCUAGAUGUUACAAACAUGGAUGAAUCCUCAUGUGCUUGUACUCAAGGUAGUUCUACCAGUUUCUCUGGUUCUUUGGCCCCAUUAGAUGAUGAAGUCUCCAUUCAUUUCAGAGGUCCUUUGAAUUUGAAACAAUUCGGUGUUUAUUACCCAUCUUCAAGUUCUUCUUCUUUAAAGAAAAGAGAUGUUGAAGAACCUUGUGAAGAAGUUGUCUCCACUAAGAUUCAACAUAAACACAGAAGAGAUGUUGCUGUUGAAUACGUAGAAAUUACUUCUACUGUCUGGGUUGACUCUAACGGUAACCCAGUCACCGGUGAUGCUACUGCUUCUGCCACAUCUUACACUCAAGUUAAUACCGUUGUUAACCAAGCUACCGGCACUGCAGCAGCAGCUACAACAAAGGGUACUACCGCCACUUCUGCUGGUGCCUCAUCCGCUUCUACUUCAGUUGGCUCUGUUUCUUCAGGUGACUGGGUUAGAGGUUCUUACUUCACUCCAGGUUCCACUACUAACUGUACUUUCAUGAACCACAUGGGUGGUUCUGCUGGUUCAGGUGUUUGGUCCUCUUGUUUUGGUAACUCCAUCUCUUAUGCUGCAGCUGAUGGUAUCUCCGGUGCUUCCUCUGCUUACGCUUUAGAUGAUAUCACUUUGAAAUCCGGUGAAGAAUAUAUGAUUUUCUCUGGUGCUGAAUGUUCUGGUAAUGAUUGUGGUUAUUACCGUGAAAACAUUCCAGCUUACCACGGUUUCUCUGGUAAAGAUAAGAUCUUUGUUUUUGAAUUCCAAAUGCCUUCUGAUACCGAUGGUUCUGGUUACAACCAAGAUAUGCCAGCUAUUUGGUUAUUAAACGCUAAGAUUCCAAGAACUUUACAAUACGGUAACGCUGAUUGUUCCUGUUGGGAAUCUGGUUGUGGUGAAAUGGAUCUUUUCGAAAUCUUGUCUGCUGGUUCCGAUAAAUUGAUCUCUCAUGUCCAUGAUGGUCAAGGUGGUGGUUCUCAAGAUUAUUUCCAAAGACCAGUUUCUUCUACUUUGAAGGCUGCUGUCAUCUUCCACGGUGAAGAUCAAACUAUUCACGUUGUUGAAGUUAAUGACGAUUUCGGUUCCACUUUGAGUUCAUCUACCGUCUCCGGAUGGUUAAACCAAGCUGGUUCUGCCGCUGCUUUACCAUAA